AUGCAGGCCUGCUGGCCAACCACUGCUCUCGCUGGUGAUCUUCGUCAGCUCUUCCUCCGCCGAGCAUCUCUAUCUGUAAUUGACUCCUGCCUCAUGUUUGCGGACCGUGUGUUGAUCCCAUCUUCCCUCCGACCCACUGUACUACGCCAGUUCCUUCCCGCUCAUCCUGGUGCCAGCCGAAUGAAGUCUAUUGCUCGCAGUUUUGCUUACUGGCCUGGUAUCGACGGCGACAUCGACGACCUGGUUCGACGCUGUUCUCGAUGUCAGCAAGCUGUCAAGAUGCCGCCUCGUCAACCUCCAAUAGCCUGGCAACUACCGGAGAGGCCUUGGUCACGCGUGCAUAUCGACUUCGCUGGCCCACUUAACGGAGUCUCCUAUCUAAUCUUGGCUGACGCCUACUCGAAGUGGCCCGAGAUUGCUCCGCUGAAUCCAGCGACCACAUUUUCCACUAUCGCCUUCCCACGACGCAUCUUUAGCCAACAUGGCUUACCGAAAGUCCUGGUUUCAGAUAAUGGCUCUCAGUUUACAUCGCCGACAUUUAAGGAUUUCUGUCGCCAGUACAACAUCCAGCAUCUUCGCUCCCCGCCUUACCAUCCUCAGUCUAACGGUCAGGCGGAGCGUUUUGUCGACACGUUUAAGAGAGCCCUCUUGAAAGCUCAUGGGGAGGGGACCACGGACGAGAUAGUCCAGGCGUUCCUGUUUUCCUACAGGACAACACCGAACCCGGCGUCCCAUGGUGGCGUUUCUCCUGUCGAAAUUUUGAUGGGCCGAAAAUCGCGUACAACGUUUCAUGGACUCCUUCCUACCGGUGUGUAG